AUGACAGCUGACGGCUCCGCAGUCAUGAGCAUCCUCAGCGAAACAAACGCCUUGUUCGACACCGGCGAGGUCCCAAACACAAACGACAGGUUCGAGCACCUCACCUGCUUCGUCGGCGGCAUGCUGGUCCUGGGGAAGCUGCACGGCAUCGAGACGGCUGGCCCAAACGACACCGACGAUCUCACUCUCGCCAUCCAGAUUGGCCGCGCGUGCUACGAACUAUACCACCAAUCCCCCAGCGGCAUCGCGCCUGACAGUGUCCGUUUCCGCCUAAAGGCCGGCGGCGACCUGCCCCCGAAGAACCCCUACCCGCCCCCGCCGCCUCCACGCCCGCCGCCGCCGCCGCGACCCCCCGCGCCGCCGCCGCCGCCGCCGAACCCGCCGGGGGUCGGCGGGACGUGGGUGCGGCGCAACGCGUUGCCGGGGGGGUUGGCUCCCGGGCUGCUCAACACCCAUCAGCAGCAGCUGCCGCAGGUGCAGCUGGUUGGGCAGCAUCUGCAGCUGCCCAACCAGCUGCAGCUGCACCAGCAGUGGCUGCUCCAGCCAGGUCAGCAGCAGCAGCAGCAGCAGCAGCAGCAGCAGCAGCGGCAGCAGCAGCAGCAAACAUCGCGACAGCAGCAGCAGCAAGCAGUGCAGCAAGCAGUGCAGCCAUCGCCGCGAGGGCGCCGCCAGCGGCGGGGGCGGCAGGCGCGCCCUCUGCCGAGCGGCCAGCCAUCGGAGCAGCGAGCGCCUGCGAUUGGAGGCCCCGUCGCCGGGGCGCGGGUGCACCCUAAUCCGGGGUUGCUGCAGCGGCCGCCUGCAGCGCAGGCGGCGCCGUUGACAGCAGCAGGCUGGUCGGCCCAGCUGCGCGACAGGAAUCACCAACAGCAGCACCUGCUGCUGCAGCGGCAGCAGCAGGAGCAGUGGCUGCAGCAGCUGGGGCAGCAGCCGCAGGGGCAGCAGCCGCAGGGGCAGCAGCCGCAGGGGCAGCCGCCGGGGCAGCAGCAGGGACAGCAGCAGCAGCAGCAGCAACAGCAGCACGAGCAGUGGCUUCAGCAGCUGGGGCAGCAGGCGCAGCAGCAGCAGGCGCAGCAGCAGCUAGCGCAGCAGCAGCUAGCGCAGCAGCAGCUAGCGCAGCAGCAGCAGCAACAGCAGGGGCAGCAGCAGCAGCAGCAGCUAGCACAACAGCAGGUAGCACAGCAGCAGCUUGUGCAGCAGCAGCAGCAGCAACAGCAGGUUCAGCAGCAACAGCAGGCGCGGCAGCAGGGGCAGCAGCUGCAGCAGCAGCUUGGUCUGCCCAUGGCCAUGCCACCGGCAGACCCAGCAGCGGCUGCGCCGUCCGUGACGGCACCCCCAUCGAACGGCCAACCUUCCGACCUGGCCCGCUACAAAUUCGACGCUUCGCACCCCGGGGCCCACGAGGCCGCGGCCGCUUUUGCAUCGAUCACUGGACACACAGAGCGGCGGCUCCGUUUGGUCAAGGGUGCGCGGGGGACGGACCGGGGCGCGGGUGCUGGGCGGCGGCUGCUGCGCGCGCUUGCACAAGAGGAGGAGCAGCAGGAGGAGGAGCAGCAGGAAGAGGAGCAGCAAGAGGAGCAGCAGGAGGAGGAGCAGCAGGACGAGGAGCAGCCGGUUCUGGAACAGGACCCCUCAGAGCAGCAAGACGGGGAGGAGGAGCAGGAGGAGCAGGAGGGGCAAGAUGGGGAAGCUGACGAGGCAAACUCAGAGGACGAGUUCGGGCCAGACGGGGAGGUGCGCGCUGGCAGGACUCGGGAUCAGGGUCCAGGGUUCUUGGGGGCGGGGCGGCCGUGGGUCAAGCAAGCAGACCUUUGUUAG